CAGAAAUCAACCGUUUCUCAUUAUUUCUUUAUCUCUCAGUGUGCUGCUUCUAUGAACGUCGGUGUUGGUUUCUUCUCUGAUCCUGAUGGUCUCGAAGGCCUCGCUCAUUUCCUCGAGCACAUGUUGUUCUAUGCUAGUGAGAAGUAUCCUUUGGAGGAUAGUUACUCAAAGUACAUUGCAGAGCAUGGAGGUAGAAGAAAUGCCUUUACAGCUUCUGAGAGUACUAACUUUCAUUUUGAUGUUAAUACUGAUGGUUUUGAAGAGGCUUUGGACAGAUUUGCACAGUUCUUCAUUAAACCAUUGAUCUCAGCCGAUGCAACCAUGAGGGAAAUCAAAGCAGUUGAUUCUGGGAAUUGGGAUACUUUGGAGAUUAGACCAAAGGCAAAAGGAGUGGAUACAAGACAAGAGCUGCUUAAAUUCUAUGAUAAAAAUUACUCUGCCAACCUUAUGCAUUUAGCUGUGUACUCAAAAGAAAGUCUUGAUAAAAUACAGAGCCUGGUAGAGGAUAAGUUUCAGGAAAUUAGGAACUCUAGUCGAAGCUUCCUGAGUUUUCCUGGUCAACCUUGCUCAUCAGAACAUUUACAGAUUCUUGUUAGAGCAGUUCCAAUAAAAGAAGGUAACAAAUUGAGAAUUGUAUGGCCAAUAACUCCAGCAAUUCAUUAUUACAAGGAAGGGCCAUGCAGGUACCUUGGUCAUCUUAUUGGCCACAAAGGAGAAGGGUCUUUGUUUUACAACUUGAAAAAACUGGGAUGGGCUACAGGAUUGUUUGCUGGUGAAGGAGAGUGGACUUUGGAGUUUUCUUUUUUUGUGGUAGUAAUUGAUCUUACAGAUGCUGGUCAUGAUCACAUGCAGGAUAUAGUAGGACUGCUAUUUAAAUACAUUCAACUUUUACAGCAAUCUGGUGUUUGCAAAUGGAUAUUCGAUGAGCUUUCAGCUGUCUGUGAGACAGGCUUUCACUAUAAGGACAAAGUCCAUCCUAUUUAUUAUGUUGUGAACAUUGCAUCAAAGAUGCGGAUGUAUCCUCCUAAAGACUGGCUUGUGGGAUCAUCAAUGCCUUCAAAUUUUAAUCAAGGCAUCAUACAGAUGGUACUUAAUGAGCUUUCUCCAGAUAAAGUCCGUUCAGAGGUGGUUUUGGUUCAGUGUGGUUAUUUCUUUUUGAUAAGCUCCAUGGUUGACAGAAUCUUCUGGGAGUCAAAGAAAUUUGGAGGGCUUACUGAUAUGGUGGAACCAUGGUAUGGCACUGCAUAUUCCAUUGAGAAAGUCACUACAUCCAUGAUUCAGGAGUGGAUGUCAUUGGCUCCUAAUGAGAAUCUGCAUCUACCAACACCUAAUAUCUUCAUUCCAACAGAUUUGUCACUUAAAGAUCCAGAAGAAAAGAUCAAGUAUCCGGUUUUACUUAGGAAGUCAUCAUAUUCAAGGGUAUGGUACAAGCCUAAUACGAUGUUCUCCUCUCCUAAGGCUUAUGUUAAGAUAGACUUCAACUGUCCCUAUGCUAGCAAUUCCCCUGAAGCUCAAAUUCUUACAUCAAUUUUUGCCCGGUUGGUGAUGGAUUACUUGGAUGAAUAUGCUUACCAUGCCCAAGUUGCUGGCCUUCAUUACUACAUAAGCAACACGGAUAGUGGUUUUGAGGUGACGUUGGUUGGUUAUAAUCACAAACUCCAGAUCCUAUUGGAGACUGUUGUUGACAAAAUUGCAAAAUUUGAAGUAAAACCUGACCGGUUUUCUGUAAUCAAGGAAUGGGUAACACAAGACUAUCAAAAUCGGAAGUUUCAGCAACCUUAUGAGCAGUCUAUGUACUAUUGCUCAUUAUUAUUGGAGGACCACACAUGGCCUUGGAUGGAAGAACUUGAAGUCCUGCCAAAUAUUAAAGCUGAAGACCUUGCCAAAUUUGCCCCCAUGAUGCUCUCAAGGGCCUUCCUUGAAUGUUACAUAGCAGGUAACAUUGAACGCGCUGAGGCAAAUUCAAUGAUAGAGCAUAUUGAAGAUAUUUUCUUUAAGGGCUCAAACCCUAUAUGUCAACCAUUAUUUCCAUCCCAGCAUCUUACAAAUAGAGUUGUAAAACUUGAAAGGGGCAUGAAUUACUUCUACUCCAAGGAAGUACUAAAUCCAAGUGAUGAGAAUUCUGCCCUUCUCCACUAUAUUCAGGUUCAUCGCGAUGAUUUUAUGUUGAAUGUGAAACUUCAGCUUUUUGCUCUUAUUGCUAAGCAGCCAACCUUCCAUCAGCUUAGAUCUGUUGAGCAACUUGGGUACAUUACUUCUCUCCAGCAGAGGAAUGAUUGUGGAAUUCAUGGAUUGCAGUUUAUUAUCCAGUCCACUGUGAAGGGCCCAGAGCAUAUUGAUUUAAGAAUUCAGGCAUUCCUCCAGAUGUUUGAGACCCAACUUUACAAGAUGACUCCUGAUGAAUUUAAGAGCAAUGUGAAUGCAUUGAUUGAUACAAAGCUUGAGAAGCACAAGAAUCUAUGGGAAGAAUCUGCAUUUUACUGGAGAGAAAUUGCCAAUGGAACUCUAAAAUUUGAUCGGAUAGAAGCUGAGGUUGCAGCACUAAGGCAACUUACACAACCAGAACUGAUAGACUUCUUCAAUCAGUAUGUAAAAGUUGGUGCACCGCAGAAGAGGACCCUGAGCGUACGUGUGGUUGGGAAGGGACAUUUAGCAGAUUAUAAAACCACAAAAAGUGAAGCAGCUCAACCCGGCGAAAUUGAUGACAUAUUUAGUUUCAGAAAAUCAUUACCCCUUUAUGGUUCAUUCAGAGGAGGAGCUGGUCUUGUAAAAUUGUAGUUUCGGAGGAGAGGAGCGAGGAGCGGAAUCAGUGUUGGAGCUUCAGCUGUUGAAAUGGAGACACAAACUCAAACAAGCUUAGGUCACUGACAAAGCUCAAUGCUCGUUAGUUAUCUGCAUGGUACAUAAACCGUGCCAAUAAAUUGUAAGUUUAUAUUUAUUUUUUUCUAAUUCCUUUCUUCGACUGAAAAUGAAACUAAAGUCAUGCAUAUAUGAAAGAAAUUUGCUUCUGCUUUGAGAACUUAAAUAAAAUGAAAGCAGAAAAGAAUG